UAGUUUAGUUUUGUGAGAAUGUGACAAUAUUUAGUGCAGUGUUUUCUUUCUCUGGUAGCACUUUACAUGCUACGGCGGUAUAUUCGCUGGUAGUACGCCUUACGGAUGGAGUUCACCAGUUCUCCCAUUGUACAAACUGGACGAUUCCCCCCUGUUAAUGACAGACGAUGAAGGAGCCUGGAUUGCAUCAGCUUUUAUGUUGGGCAAUGCAAUUGGCCCUCUGAUGUCGAUCGCACUUUCGCAGCACACAGGACGGAAAACCCUGUUGAUAGCUGCAAGCCUGCCAUGGUUUGUGGGCUGGGCGAUGAUUAUUUUCGCUCGUUCUCCAUGGGAACUGCUUGUCUCAAGGAUCAUCUCUGGCCUGGGCACAGGAUUGAGCUUUUCAGUUUUGCCCAUGUAUUUGGGUGAGAUUGCUCCGGCGAAAAUUCGGGGCAUUUUGCUCACUAUAAUAACGAUGUCUCAGAGAUUGGCUGUACUAUUUUCAUAUGCGAUCUGUCCCUUUGUGUCUAUCCAAACAAGUGCACUCAUUUCGCUAGUGCUCCCGAUACCCUUUGUCUGCUGCUUCAUAUGGUUGCCAGAGUCCCCGUACUACUGGGUGCGGCGUGGAUAUCCCGAAGAAGCCGCUAAAUCGCUGGCUGCCUUCCGCGGGACCAAUAAUAUUCAAGCGGAACUCCAGAUCAUAGAAAAAUCCGUCAUUGCCGAAAUGGCUCACAGUGGUGGAUUAAGAGAACUCUUUUGCGUUCCGGGAAAUUGUAAGUCCAUGAUUAUUGGUCUUGUUCUGAGGCUAUUUCAACAAUGCUCUGGGAAUCAGGCGAUUAUGAUGUACAGCGAGACCAUAUUCGAUCAGGCUAAUGUCGAACUAGAGGGGAAAUACUUGGCGAUAAUAUUAGGCGCAAUCCAGGUAAUUGGCACGGUACUUUGCACAUUGUUCGUCGAUCGUCACGGGCGACGUCCGGCGUUACUAUUUUCGGCCAUCGGAUCCAUGAUCACCAUGAGCACCGUUGCCAUUUACUUUCAUCUACAGUAUUUGAAUCUCAGCACUAAUUCGAUAGAGUGGUUGCCUGCGACUGGAUGCAUGCUUUACGUCGUAUGUUUUUGUUACGGUUACGCUCCGCUGCCGACGACAAUGAACGGCGAACUGUUCCCAACAAAUGUGAAGUCUCUUGCGUGCGCAAUUAAUGUUUCAUUUGCGAAUCUGACUGGCUUCUUCGUUGGGAAAUCUUAUCAGCUCAUUAGCGAUUCAAUUGGUGUUCACGUUGCCUUCUGGAUAUUCACAGUUUGCAACUUAGGUGGCAGCAUUUUCAUCUACUUGUGGAUGCCGGAGACUAAAGGGAAAACUCUGCAGGAAAUUCAGGAGGAGUCCCAUCACAAAAAUAGUGAAAAUCAUGUGACACAUACGUAGAAUAAGUCAAAUACGGUCCAAUCUUCGUACAAGAUACCACAGGGACUGUAGGGGAAUGAAAUUCCGAUAAUUACGUAUCCCCCACUUUACUAGCACUCAGAGGGGAAAAUAUUUUGAUUUGAUAUUCUUCGUACAAGAUACUAGACGAAACUUUGGCAAAACGUUAUUUGAACU